UUGAAAAAACACACCAGAGGGGACGCGAUUCCAGUUCUGCUUCCGGGUGUCGCGAGUUGUUUUGUCGCCUUCUGAUUCGUGCUCUGUAUUUGUGUUUCCAUAUUUUAUUUUAUUUUAUUUUCCACAAGUUAAAUUGUCAGAGAUUCAAUUAAAACCGAGCGUCCUGCUGACACAGCGACCGCAUGGCGAGUUUGUCGCAAGUUUGACGGGAAACGAUAACGCACGGAGUCAGCUAAUGUAGCUAACGCUAGCAUCCACGUUACAUCCGCUUACUUCAGCUCGCAGGAUGUCUAAGCUUGAACGACUGAACGCUCGUGUGGCCAAGCUGCUGACUGGGGCGGUGCAGGAGGUUCUGGAGGUGGUGAAGGAGACGGUGUCCGAGUACCAGCAGAGAACUGCCAGAACACAGAGGGAGAACGAGAGCCUGAGGAGGAGACUGCAGGAGCUCCAGGACAAGAUGACGAUAGACAGCAUAGUUGUUGAGCCUGUGAGUAGUCCGUUUCCUGAAGAAAAAGAAGGCACACAGAAUGACGAGCAGGAUUUGGGGCUGUCUUUAAUGCAGAACUCAGAACUCCAUCUCGCUGAGCAAACUCUGAUAAACAGCCACAAACGUGACCAUGACACGAAGCAGGAAUCAAAACGGGAAAGCUCGGUACAAACAACUCAACACAGCAAAUCACAGCCGGAGGAAGUGCAGCGCGUUAUUGAGGAGCCAGCGCCAGCUCACAAAUCACACGGUGCAGUGAGGGACAUCAGGGCUCUCUCAGCCGAUAACGCAUGCACCUCUCGCUCUAGCACCUUAAGUGGUGUGAACUUGGCUGUUAUCAAACGAGAGCCAGACCCAGCGGACUGCAUAGCGUCAGAACCGCCAUACAGCGGAUGUGUGGAUUUAAGCUGCAACUCUUCUCGUUCUAACUCCGCAGAGACCCACAGGCAACAAGUAAGUGGCGAACCCUGCGGACUCAUCUUUGUCCAUUCAAAUCACAGCGUACCAGGGAGGCAUGGAUUUGCAAAAACCAACAGGACCACGUUUGAUGGGAGAAAAAUACGAACGGAGCACAUCAGGAGAGACGAGUCCCACUCAUGCGUCGUAUGUGGAAAGACGUUCAGCAGGGUCGGGAACUUGAAAAUCCACCAGCGCUGUCAUACGGGAGAGAAGCCGUAUGGCUGCAUACAGUGUGGGAGGCGUUUCAGUCAGGCAGGGGACCUGAAAAAACACAAAAGGAUCCACACAGGGGAGAAACCGUACUACUGCAACCAGUGUGGCAAGAGCUUCAGUCGAGCUGAAAAUCUGAAAAGACACCAGAAGAUCCACAUCGGAGAGAUCUUACAGUUACAGCAAGUGUGGAGGGAGCAGCAGCAGUGAUUGUUACACUGGACUCACUGCAGAUCAUCUGUGAAAGACAAUUUUUGUUCCAUGCCCUGAAGAAAUCUGUGCCCUGUAGUCACACUUGUACUCAUUAUUGCCAGGAGUUACUUGCUGUUCUGGUAUGUAGUCAGUCGUGUGCUACUUAUGCUCGUCUUUUUGUUUGUCUGAUCAUGAUGGAACGGGGCUGUAGAAGAUAACCGCUUAACCAAAGAGGCUAAGGCUUUACAGACAGAGAUGCACUGAUAAAAAGGCUUUUUCUUUGUCAUGUACACUGUUGUGAUAUUAUCUGCCAUACUGUAGGAGUGUCAAACAAACACGACAGAAGGUGCCUUUUUGAGAAGAAGAAGAUAUGGUAUAUCUAUAUUUAUAUAGAUAUAUCAUAUAUAUUUACAUCUAUAUUUAUAUCUAUAUUUGCAGUAUAUAUGUCGAUAUGUCAUCCGAUUUAGUGUUUGUGCUCAAGCCAAGUGCUCUAGCACGCUAUAAACACAAGCUGAAGCUGAAGCUGUGAACUGAAGAAUUGUCUGUACGGAUUACUAUGUGCCGCAGCUUUUCUUCUCAGGCACAUUUACAUGGCUCGGGCAUUAAAAGAAAAAGUGAGUGACAACCUGAAUGAUCCCAAUCUCAACGCUGAUAAAUUCUCUGAUUGCACUUCCGACAGCAUGGUGGAUUGGUCACCACCCUGAAAUACCCACUUGUGUGCUCUUAGUAUCUCUGUCUGAUUUAAUAUUUGUCUAAUAUCAUUUUACUAACCAGAUUAAAUCAAUUUCCCCCUGGGGAUUAAUAGAGUAUUCUGGUUCUGAUUCUGAUUAACCCACUCAAAUUAGCAAAAGUACAAAACAAGGACAUACACAUCAAAGAUACAUUUGAACAGGUGAUUUCCAUCGUUUUGGCAGAUUGGAUGUCCUGUCAGGACGUUGCAACAUCCUCCUGACUUUUCACUUGUCAGUGUAUCCUGAUGUCAGGUGUUCUCCAUUUUACCUCAACCUGAGUGAGGGUCUAAUCAGACAGAAAAAGUGGAAAAACUUGUAAAGGUGUUUUUCAGAUGAGCAUGAAUCAAUUGAAGAUUUAUUUAGCACCCUCAGUUAUUGAAAUAAUGUGAAUAAAUCAAACAAUAAAGGAGUGAAUCUUUUAGACUUCUGCUUUUAACACAGGCCAUAUUGGUUCAUCUCUCAACUAGAAUUGAUUUUGGAUUAAACUGAUUCAUAUCCAGUGGGAUAAAGAGGAGGUUUUAAAAGUAUAAGAUGACAUGGUUUAUGUAAUUUUUGGGAUGUACACAAUGAAUUGUCUGAUAUUAAGUCAGUAAAUGCUAAAGACAACGGUUGAAACAUUCAGAAACCUGAAAAGCAUGAUUGUCAUUAAAGUUGCCUGAUUUUCCAGACCGAUUAAAGCUUGUUGUUUGCUGA